AUGAGACUAGAACUUUUCGUUUUGUUAACCGUUCUCUUGAAUAUUCUGCACAUAUGUUCCAGUUCUUUGAUUGACAAUUCCUAUCACAGGUAUUGCCGGACAAACAUUCAUGGAGAUCAAAACUGCUACUUCACGGUAGCCUAUUGGUUCAAUUUUCUAAAUUUUCGUCAGUGGUUAGAAAAACUUCCAGAUCCACUUGGUGAUGUGUCAUUAAACAUUUACUGUUUUGAUGGAGCCCAUAUUUAUUUGCCGUUUCCAUUCCGGGCCAGAAAUCUCAAGAAACUGCAUGUUAAGAACUGUCUGAUCAGAAGUUUCAUGUCUGAGUGGAAUUCAACAUCGCAAUAUCCCGACAUCCUAGAGGAGCAAGAGAUAGAAAAUAGUGAAAUUGAGGUUGACUAUCAAACUAUGCAAGAAGUCAUUGGUAGCACACUCAACAAAAAGAAUGACUGUGGGCAGGAAACGCUUAUAAAGCUGACUUUGAAAAACAAUACAUACAAACCUGUGGUCAAGGAUCCAAAUGUUUCUAUGAAAUCCAUGGCUGAUUCAUUCGAGGCUUUUCAGGAUAGGAUGAAAUCUGCAGAUUAUUUGUGUAACUACAAACAUCUCAAAUACUUGGAACGUUCAGCUGAAACACCUCUUAGUAAAAACUACAUGAAUACUUUGACAGACAAAUCACAUUACCCAAGGUUAGAGACCAUCAAAAUGAGGUCAAAUAAAAUUGUGAAUUUCCCAGAACAGUUUAAGAGAUGGUGGGAUGUUUUUCCUACACUACGUGAACUUGAUCUAUCCAACAACUCAUUACAAAAUUUUUCAUUUGAUAUUCCUAGGAAACCCACAACAAACCUCGUACCUUUACUUGUAAAUCUUAGACAGAAUGACAUAAAAAUGGUUCCUUCAGACAUUGACAAGUAUUUGUCACAAUUACCUAUAAUUAUAGAUGUGGGAGAAAAUCCUAUAAAAUGUGAUUGCAACGCAGAGAAACUCGGAAAUUAUCUAAGAUCUGUUCGACGCCGAUAUCCUUUAUACAAAUACUUGACCGAGGUUGUAUGCAAAUCACCCAGUCAAGUAAAAGAUAUCAAACUUAUUUACAUAAACUAUGAAAAAUGUUCUCACACUAAGGAAAUCUAA